AUGUAUAAUAAUCUAAGCCUUGGAAAAUCAAAACGUCAUUCAAUAAAAACUGAAAUAAGAUCCGCAGGCAAAUAUCAAGCAUAUUCAUUAAAACACGAUAGGGACGACCACAAUCUGCUACCUAAAAGUAGUGAAAAGGAUGCGACUUGCGAAAUUGAAUAUAUCAAUGUCGAAUCCGUGGAAAUCAAGGAAGAAAUUAUCGAAGAUUAUGGGAAUUGUUCAAAAAGCGACCUAAAACCAACCGAUAAUCACGAAGGUCAAUCCAAAAUUGUCGAAAUGUAUCAGUCCAAAAGGAAGCCGAAAAAUCAAGAUUCGAAGAAGGAAUUGGAAAACAAAUCUAAAUGCGAAAAAUGUGCGCGAAGGUAUAGGAAUAAAAAAGAUUUAAUUAGUCACCAAAAAUACGAAUGCGACGUCAUUCCACAAUUUAAAUGUAAAUUCUGCGAUAAACGAUUUAAACGGAAAACAAACCUUUGGCGCCAUACAGAUAUCGUGCAUCAAAAAACCAGCUCAAAUAAAACAUUGUCAACGAGACUUAAAUGUGACAAAUGUUCUCGAAGUUACACCACGAAAAGUGCUUUAAAUCGACAUAAACGUGUACAACACGAGGGCAUUACACGACAAUUUACUUGCGAUGAUUGUGGUUAUGAAACGAGAGACAAGGUUAACUUGUACAGACAUAUUAAAGCAAGUCAUCUGAACUAAUUGGAUUUUGCACAAGAAACAUUAAACAUGUAAAAGUAUUUUUAUUUUAUUUUAUAAAUUAAAAUACUUUUUUGUGCUACAUACAUGAAAUAAAGGGUUUCACCGCAUAACUAAAUUGUUUAAACAAUCUUUUUAAAUAUGCGACUUAGAAAAAAUAACCGAUAGAAAGCGAAUCGGUUUAAAUUGCGUAUCUGUCAUUUGCAGAAUUCUCAGUCCCAUUCUCCUUUUCAGUGUACAUGAUAAUGGCUGCAAGGAGUGCAUAUUACAGGAACAACCUCCGCAAUCCGCUCAUAUUUAUUUGCAUACCAAACAUCCAAGUGUUUAGGAUUUCAAUAUCCGCAUAUUUUUAAAUAUAAUUUCUAUAAAACAAAACGUAAGUUAUGGUUUUUGGGAAUUUCAGAUUGAUAUAAAAUAACAAAAAUUAUUAAAGCCUUUUCACGAGUACAUGGAGCUGCAAUCGAAUCCAGAUAUUUAAAAAAAAAGUAAAAGCAUUGACUUUAUGUAAUUUUUGUAAAAAAAUAAAAUGGUGCUAUUGGUUUUUCUUAACAAAUAUUAAUUUCUCACUUUCUCUAUAUGAAUGUAUAGAGCUCCAGAAAUUCUCGAAUGUACAUUCGCAAUUUGUCAAAUAUUUAUUCAAUUCUUAUAUAAUUCUAAUUUUGAGAACUUUUUUUUGUUGAACUCACAUUUUUUUCCUUGACACGUAAACGUUCUACCGUGACACCUUUCAAAUGGUUAUGAUAUGAUGAUCAUAUGUAUACAAAUAUUAUAAAAUAUGUACUAAUACACAUAAAAAUGUCUGCUCUAACUUAAUAACGUAAUCAUUAUUCUGGGAAUUAAAUACUCUCCUGUAGUUUAAUAUAUUGAUUACAGAUUUUCUGAUUGAUGAUCCACUAGAAAAGAGUUAUGAGCACUACUGUAUCAUCAAUUUAUGAAAAAAUAUACCAGGACUUACAGGAUAAUGAUCAAUUAUUUGACUAUUGAAAAAAUUGUAAUUUACAUUUUUCGAGUUAUUAAAAAUAAUCAAAGAAUUUUUCUAAAUAAAAAAGAAUAAUAUCAGCAGAUGAUAAUCCAGCGUUUUCUUUCAAAUACCAAUCUGAUGUUCAUAAAUAAUGUAAAGGAUUUUCUUUCGAAAUUAUAUAGAUCAACGACAAAACUUUUAAA